GAGAGAGAGGUGUAAAUCUGAAGGAGGAAAGAAAACAACACACAGCGCACAACGGUCGAGCCACCUCGUUGUCAUCGUUGCAAUCAUCGUCUUCCCCCUCGUCCUAUUUGUUUGUUUCUCGGGAAAAAAUCUUAGAACCGACCUGUCUCUCUCUUUUUCGGUAUAGAUAUACAUACACUCGCUGGUAUAUUACAGAGAAGCCGAUGAAUAAAGCUAGAAAGAAAAGGGGAAAGAAGGGUCGAAUCUGAGCAGCUGCCAAAUGCUUUUUCUUUCUCUUUCUCUCCCUUUCUGAGAAAAGAAAAGAAAAGAAAAGAAAAACAUGGCGGACGAUCUUUGUCUCCUCAUCAAGGAUACCCUGAUUAUAAAGGCUCCAAAGAAAUCUCCAUUGGUGUUGAGAAUGUUUGUCUUGGCAUUUGCAAUGGUCUGCGGUAUUUAUAUCUGCUCAAUCUGUUUAAAGCAAAUCAGUACUCGCAGCAAUGUUGGAUUCCUAAAUGUCCAAGUGAUUAAUAGGCCGUGUGAGCCACCUAAUAUAGAACCAUCAGAAAAACUUUACGCUCACUUCCCGAUGCCCAAUACUUUUAGCAGGGAUGAGUGUGCAUGCAACCCCGUGAGAUAUUUUGCCAUACUGUCGACACAGAGAUCUGGGAGUGGAUGGUUUGAGACGUUAUUAAACAGUCAUAUGAACAUAAGCUCCAAUGGAGAAAUUUUCUCAGUAAAAGUCCGGCGGAGUAAUAUCUCAACAAUCGUGGAAACUUUGGAUAAAAUAUAUAAUCUUGACUGGCUGACUAGUGCUUCCAAGAAUGAGUGCACCGGUGCAGUUGGCUUGAAGUGGAUGCUUAAUCAGGGUUUAAUGCAGAAUCAUGAAGACAUUGUAGAAUAUUUCAAUACCAAGGGUGUUUCAGCUAUUUUUCUGUUCAGAAGAAAUCUUCUACGCAGGAUGAUUUCAAUACUUGCAAACUCUUACGAUCAAAAUGCAAAGCCGCUGAAUGGAACACAUAAAUCGCACGUGCAUUCACCCCAUGAGGCUGAAAUACUUGCAAGAUACAAACCAACAAUCAAUGCAACAUUGCUGAUCCCCGAUCUGAGAAAAGUCGAGGAGAUGGCUGCCAAAGCUUUAGAAUAUUUCAAAAGCACUCGACACAUUAUCCUUUACUACGAGGACAUAAUAAAAAAUCGCACUAAACUGAAAGAAGUCCAAGAUUUUCUCAAGGUUCCGCAGAUGGAUCUAAAGAGUCGUCAAGUGAAGAUACACAAAGGUUCGUUGUCACAACAGGUUGAGAACUGGGAUGAUAUCGAGAAGGCACUCAUGGGAACGCCAUACAAGAGCUUCCUUCAUGAAGAUUACCAGAUGUAGACUGAGAGGAGAAACUGUAAAUAUCAAUUUAUUCUUUAUUUUUUUUAGGGGUAGGAGGAGCCAACAGUAGUACACCCACCCACCCUGCCGUGCCAAAAUUUCUGCCACAGCAUUUGUCCAUUACUGCUGAGUUUUGUCUGCUCUGUUCCAAUUUUUAUUUUUUUUAAAUUUUUGAGCUGAUAUAGAAAGAAAACAAUUUCACCACGCAAACUUCAUUUAUUAUUAAUUCUUUUUGUUUACCUGGAAUUUUUAGUUCACUGUUGAGUUUUAUUUUUGUUGUUGUUGGUCGGAACAAUUUGAGAAUAGUGAUAUCGUCAGUGUGUUGUAAAAUUGGAUUUUGCAAACCAUGAGCAGAUUUAUACAUUGGAUAGAUGGGCUUGA